UUGGAAUGAAGAAGCUCAAGAAAAAGCAAAAACUGAGUUAGCUCGUCAAUUCAAAAAUAUAACUGAUUCAAAUUAUAAACAAACAACAAUAUCAAUAUAUACUACUUCCUCAGGUGAUAGCAAUAUUUGCCGCAAUUGUUUGCACUCCUCUAUUUUUGGUACAUCUACUUCCACCUAUACUGCUUUCAAUCCUUUGGCCAAAUUAGAAUGCUAUUUGGAUCCUACACAAACUUCUAUUGCUAAUGAUAAU